AGAAGAGCAGCCAACAGCUCUUUAGAGUAUUCCAGAUGUGUUCCCUCAUGGAGAGAACAUUUUGCCUCUGCUGGAGCGUGAGAGGAGCUGUGUGGAUAAGGUCCUUCUGGCUUCCCUGUAAAUCUACCCCUGUGGUUGCCAGGCUGCUGUAUGGUGGCUGCAGCUCAGCUUGCAGGUGGUCACUGCAGGUGGAUCGAUGCCCCCUCACGAUCCACUGGUGUGCGCUGAGAAGUGCCCUUGCUAUAAGGACUUGUGGAGAAAUGCGAGUGCAGCGUCCCUGCGAUGCUGGCCGAGGGGGAGAGCAUGGCCGGGCCAUCGCUGUGUGCUGCCACCGCAGCGGCAGCGCCUCAGAACCUCCACACAGUGUCCGGCUUCGUAGGAAAUAAAGCCACCCAGUGCUCGUUUUCAAUCGAAAGUAUUUUGGGACUGGAGCAGAAAAAAGAGGGCAUUCCAGCUGUGAAACCUCACAGACCCUGGAUGGAUGCGUGCACCAGCUUGGUUUUAGGUGAUGACAGUAAUCCCCAUCUGCAAAUCCCUGUUGUUUGCUAUGAAAAUCCAUUAUUUCAUGCUAACAGUGAUCCAGUGCAAGAGGAAAAAGUUUGGAAAUGUGAAAAAUAUUUUUCAGUCACUGAAAGACUGUCUUUCAAACGGGAACUGAGCUGGUACAGGGGUAGAAGACCAAGAACUGCAUUCACUAGAAACCAGAUUGAAGUCUUGGAAAACGUUUUUAAAAUGAACUCGUACCCUGGCAUUGAUAUUAGAGAAGAGCUAGCUCGCAAAUUAGACUUAGAUGAAGACAGGAUCCAGAUCUGGUUCCAGAACCGUCGUGCAAAGCUGAAAAGAUCACACAGAGAAUCUCAGUUUCUAAUGGUGAAAAACACAUUCACCUCCAGCCUGUUAGAGUAGAAAGAAGGAUGGUUUGGUGUCAUAGUACUAUAGCAGAGCACGAAGAAUUAUUAAUAUCCUGUAUUAAGUAAUUAUAUAGUAAUUAUGAUUUUAUGCUCAGAUUUGAAAGUUUAUUAUAAUUUUCAUUCAAAUAAACUGUAAAUAUUCGAAGUAUUAUUACAAUCUACUUUUUGUGGAAAAAGGGAACUAUUCCUAUAUAUUUGAAUAAGUGUUUUCAAGGAAGUUUAGAUAUUUUUGCAGUUUAAAGAAAUAUAAACCCUAGGUUGUACGAGAUU